UGAAAGUUUAGUAUUUAUAAUGCUAGGUUCAUUUUAUGAAUAAAGACGUAGGAUUAAUUUUUUUAUUACAACAAGGAUAUGUUGUAAUGACACGUGCAAUAUGAAAUUUAAGCAAAAUGUUUAUCUGUGUUCUAAUGAGGGUAAUUCACUUGCACCAAGUUUCGUAGUAUUUGUUGAUUAAAUCAGCUACGAUUUAAUUAGUGAUACGCCAAUGUCUGUCACAUAUUCAGUAGAACAUUAAAUUAUCAUCAAAUUUAUUUUCAUUGAGAAUGUUGGAAUACUGGAUGGCAAAUAACGAUACUGAAACAAAUAGUAGCCUAUCUAAAAUUGAAGAGGUCUUGGAAAAUCCAGAGUCAGCAAUUUUAUUUGGUGGUUAUCCUCCAUGGCUGCUUCAUUUUGCUGCUGGAUGCUGUGUUCUUUUUAUGCUGAUCGGCAUACCUGGCAAUCUCAUCACUGUCGUCGCCCUUUUUCGUACUAAGAAGUUAAGAAAUGCAACUGCAGUUUUCAUAAUGAACUUGUCAAUAUCAGACCUCAUGUUCUGUUGCUUCAAUCUGCCUCUGGCAACUUCCACAUUCUGGUAUGGCUCCUGGGUGCACGGACCACUUCUCUGUCGACUCUUUCCACUAUUGAGGUAUGGUCUUGUUGCUGUGAGUCUCUUUACAGUCCUUGCUAUCACCAUCAAUCGUUAUGUAAUGAUUGGUCAUCCACGAUUAUAUCCCAAGUUGUAUGAGCCGAGAUACUUAGUAUUAAUGGUGAUAGCAACUUGGAUAUUUGGAUUCGGCGCCCUGGUGGCGACCUGGUUUGAACAUUGGGGCCGUUUCGGCUUGGAUCCGGUCAUAGGAUCAUGUUCAAUACUCCGAGAUGUUAAUGGUCGUUCACCGAAAGAAUUUUUAUUUAUUCUUGCAUUUCUUGCACCUUGUAUUGCCAUUGUUGUUUGUUAUGCUAGGAUCUUUUAUAUAGUACGAAAAACUGCUAAAAAGAGUCGAAGACGUGAUAAAGUUACAACCGAUCUUGUCAAAGCCACUAUUGAGGUAAAGUACACUAAAAAUUUUGAAGAUUCUGCUUUGGGCUCAAGUUGUGGUGCAACGACUACUGAGAAUGGUGGGUCUCCAGUCAGAAGUGAUCGGAUUCCAUGUACUCAAAUAAAUAUGCCGUUUUUUCUGAUUACUGAUGCAAGAAAUGAUUUAGAAAAAGCAUUGAAUCUAUCAAAAAAUGUUCAUCAGGAUGAAUCAUUAAAAGUAAAUGAUAAUGAUGAAAAAAAAGAAGAAGUACCUAGACUUGAUACAUUGUGCUCACAUUCUCAUUCAAAUAAGAGUGAAAAUGAUAAAAUAAAAGUGUUAGAAAUAACUGACAUUGACGAUAAGAUUAGUGUUGAUGCUAGUCAGAAUAUUAAUAGAAAUAGAAAAAUUUAUUCAGUGACAAUUCCAAAUUUAAAAUUCCCAGAAGUAAAUUCAUCUCAAGGAAAAGCAAAAGAAAAAGCUCUUCAUUUUGAAAACAAUGAUCAGUGUCUUCAAGUUCCAAAAGGAUUUUUAAAAAACUUGGGACAAUGCUCGACUCGUUUACUCACUCCACCUUCACCAAAGUAUGAGACUUCGGAAAUGUCUGAAGAAUUUCCAAGUUCACGUUCGGAAUCUCCAUCAGAACGUCGAAUUAAGAAGAACAGUAUUUUUAGGCGUGAAUCACGAUUCAGAAGUAUAAGAAAUCGUGCUUUAGAGUCAGGUAAAAUGUCUGCUAAAGAUAAAAAAUUAUUAAAAAUGAUACUUGUUAUAUUUUUAUCAUUUCUGAUUUGCUAUCUUCCUAUUACAAUCACUAAAAUAUUUAAAGACAUAAUAGACUGGCGAGGUUUAAAUAUUGCUGGAUAUAUAUUGAUUUAUCUUACAACUUGUAUUAAUCCAGUCAUUUACGUUGUAAUGAGUUCUGAAUAUCGUAGUGCAUACAAAAAUGUUCUCCUCUGUAGAAGUGAAAUGAAUUUUUUAGAUAAAAAAAGUAGAGGAAAAUAAUUAUUUUUUUAUUUAUAUAUUUUUUUCAAUAAGAAGACUGAA